AUGAACAAGCCUUGAUAAUAGUCUAUCUUCUUCUUCGCUUCUUCUUCAGAAGAAGAAAAAAGGAUUUGCCAGACACAGGGAGCAGCCAUGAGUGGAACAGGAAGAACACUAUUGAAUCUCUCAUUUUCAUCAAAUCUACUAUCCCACUCCUUAAAAUCAACAGCUACAAAAUACCCAUUUUCAAGAACUACCUCAUCUAGGGUUUUUCCAGGGUUUAGAUUUAUUAGACCUCUAUGUUCUUCUUCUUCUUCUACUUUAACAACUGCAGUUGUUGAACCAGAAAUUGGUAUAGAACCUGUAAAACAUUCUAUGCUCUUAGCAAAAUUAAGACAAAGACAUCUUAAAGAUACUCCAAACCCCCCACAAACUAGAGCGUCUUCUUCUUCUGGUAAUGAGAAAGGUAAAGAAGUUAAGGGUAAACCUGCAAAGCUUGUUUCAAGCUUUAGGGAAUUGAAUUUGACUGAAGAAGUUCUGGGUUGUCUUGAAGAAUUGGGGAUUUCUGCUCCUACUGAAAUUCAAUGUCUGGGUAUUCCUUCUGUACUCGACGGGAAAAGUGUUGUUAUGGGUUCUCAUACUGGCUCUGGUAAAACUUUGGCUUAUAUGUUGCCUUUAGUUCAGCUUCUUAGACGGGAUGAAACCUUAUAUGGCAUGCUAAUGAAACCGAGGCGUCCUCGGGCUGUUGUGCUGUGUCCAACACGAGAGCUAUGCGAACAGGUGUUUCGCGUGGCAAAGUCCAUAAGUCAUCACGCGAGAUUCAGAUCUACAAUGGUGAGUGGCGGGGGCCGUGUAAGACUGCAAGAGGAUUCAUUGAAUGUCCCUGUUGAUAUGGUUGUUGGAACUCCAGGAAGGGUUCUUCAACAUAUUCAAGAUGGGAAUUUGGUUUAUGGUGACAUCAAAUAUGUGGUGUUGGAUGAGGCGGACACUAUGUUCGAUCGUGGGUUUGGACCUGAUAUCCGUAAGUUUCUUAGCCCAUUGAAGAAUCGUGCUACGAAAUCUGACGACGAAGGAUUUCAAACAGUUCUGGUGACUGCUACGAUGACACAGGGAGUGCAAAAGUUGGUUGACGAGGAAUUUCAAGGAAUAAUUCAUCUUCGCACAUCGACCUUACACAAGAAGGUUGCAUCUGCUCGUCAUGAUUUUAUCAAGCUCUCUGGCUCUGAAAACAAACUGGAAGCUUUAGUGCAGGUUCUGGAGCCAAGUCUUGCAAAGGGAAACAGGGUCAUGGUUUUCUGUAACACCUUGAAUUCAAGUCGUGCAGUUGAUCAUUAUCUUGGUGAAAAUCAAUUUUUCACAGUAAAUUAUCACGGGGAGGUGCCAGCUGAACAAAGGGUUGAAAACCUAAAAAAGUUUAAGAGUGAAACUGGAGAUUGCCCUACAUUGGUCUGCACAGAUUUAGCCGCUCGAGGUCUGGAUUUGGAUGUUGACCAUGUUAUUAUGUUUGAUUUUCCCUCAAACGCUAUUGAUUAUCUCCAUCGAACCGGAAGAACAGCUCGUAUGGGAGCAAAAGGCAAAGUGACAAGUUUAAUAUCAAGGAAAGACCAACUUUUGGCCAACAGGAUUGAGCAAGCCAUAGGGAAGAAUGAGAGCUUGGAGUCUCUCACUGCAGAUAACUUAAGAUGGGAAAAGGCUAAAUCCCAAGUUUAUGAGCAAAAGGGAAGUCAGAAUUCAAAUUUGGUAAAAGCCUCAAAUGUGAAAAGUAAGAUUAACAGUAGCUCAUCAGCGAAAACUUCAAGACGUGGGAGAGUGGUAACAGCCAUCAAUACAUCGUCGCAAAGGAGAGGAGGAGUCAAAGUAGGAAGACCUUCUGCACCAACCAAAAGUAGAAGAGCAACAACUUCCUCUGCACCAACCAAACCUAGAAGAGAAACAACCGUCUCUAAACCUUCCUUCUCUUCUAGUUCUAGCUCAAGGAAGCCGUCUAGUGGAGUGAAACAGCAAACAGAUGGCAGGAAAUCUGGCAACACAAAUUUCAAGCCCACAAAACUCAAUGUUGUGGGAUUUAGGGGACGUAGUUCGUCUUCGUCAUCUCCAAGUGGAAGACGAUCAACGAGGCCUAGUUGAUAUUUUCUUGCAUAAUCUAAGCAAGAAUCGCCAUCUUUAGCCACCUAAAACACCUGUAAAUUGAUGUUCCCUUACAAGUAUCUCCUGAAAAUUUUGUUGGUUUUGUUAUGUAUUCCUUUACAAAUCUAUUACUGUUAUUCAUUCAAGUUUCUUUAG